GUAAAAAGGAAGCGUGGGGGGGGGGAGGGGUGGCGUCGCUGUUGUCGUCUCGCUCAGCUCCUUGUUUGCUCCGCUUUCGUUGGGUCGCGGCGGACGGUUGGAAUUCGCUUGUCCUAUUAAAAGAGUGUUUUUGAUUAAACUGUGUGAACAAAACUUUUUUCAAAAUGAGCACACAGAGUGAACCUGAGAAUCUAGUACCUGAGGAAUUGGAGAAUCUAGAGUUCGAGGAAUCAGAAAAUAUAGAGGAAUUGGAGAAUCUGGAGCCUGAGGAAUCAGAGAAUUUAGAGCCUGAGGAAUCAGAGCAUCUAGAGCCCGAGGAAUCUGAGAAUCUAGUGCCCGAGAAAUUGGAGAAACUAGAGCCCGAGGAAUCGGAGAAGCCAGAACCUGAGAAAUUGGAGAAAGCACCCCGCAAGAUAUAUUAUUGCGACAUUUGUAACAUUCCAUGUCUGAGCGCUAUGGUAAUGCAGACACACAUCGCUGGACUGAGGCAUAAAAAGAGAGAGAGAGCCAUGAAGCUGAGAGCAGCAGCAGCAGCAGGUAUUGUGUUAAAUCAAGAAGCAAGGCCUGUUGUUCCAGUGGUAUAUGAAGAAUCAGAUUUUGUAAAGAGACCACUUUCAAAAAACAUUAGAUGUCUGAAAGAUUACGUGAAGGAUCCAAACAGAGAUGAGCCUCUUAUAGGCUUGGAGUAUGUGGUUGAGGUUCGAUUUGAAGGGAAAAGAAAUCCUUGCUAUGAAUGCCAGCUGUGCCAGUUCAAUACAGAGGUGGUGCCGAUGAUAGAACAUCUCACUGGCCGAAAGCACAGAAAAGCAUAUCUUAUUAAACAUUUUCCAGAAAGAGGAAGGAAGAAGCCAAAUAUGAAUUUUCCUAAGGAAGACAAAGCUAAAUUUCUUAAGCGAAUAGCAAAAGAAAUAGAGACGGAAGAAGGAGUGAAAAGGUAUAAGUGUGAAGGAUAUGACAGACCCAGCGUACCUUCGAAUUCAGCAAAGAACAGAGCGAGGUGGUCACGUACUGUUUACAAGGCUGAGAAUGAUCCAGUUCAGAGAGAGAAAGCUCUGGCAACCUUGGACGUCUUUGAGAUAACAUCUGAUGCUGAAGCAACUCAAGUAAUAAAUAUUGCACAGUCUUUGUCAGAAGCAUUAAAAGCUUUUUGUGAAAACAAAGCAGCUCUCCAGCAUAUUAAAAACCUUCCACCACUGUUGCGGAUGUUUCCAUCAGAACACAGAAAUACUACUAAUCCAGUUCCAGGAAAGGAGGAGGAGAGGACUCAAGAGCUUGCUUCUGAUGGCGUUGCACCGUUACCGGGCCUGCUGGGAAAAGCUCCAGGCCUGCUGGGACACGCUCCAAGCGCUUCAAAUACCUGCCAGACGGGGCAGACGAUAUCUUCCUUUACAGUCGGUUCCAGUGACCUUGCAAGAGAGACCAGCAUCAGGAUGUCCCUUGCUUUUCAGUUGGGAAACUUUGCUCUCGGAGUCAAUCAGUGGAUGAAGCAGUUCAGCCAAGCUGCUCCUGUUAAUUUCCAGCCUAAUCCAGGUGGAGAAAAAUCUCACCCCAGUGUGUCUUCACAAAAUAGUUACCCAAAGCAGUGUCACCAAGGAAGCAAGACUCAGAAAUAUGACAACAGAAAGGCAGGAGGUAGAGUAAGUAGGUGGGACAAUCCGGGAGAUUCCUAUUCUGCUACAGGAGAGUAUCCGGUAAAGUGCCCUUCGCAAGGCGCUCCCUCUUGGUACAAUGGUGGGAAUAGUAAUCAUGUUCCUGCAUCUCUUCCUGCUGCAAGUAAUCGCCUUGGCUGGCCGCAGGCAUCUGGAUACCAACAACAAAAUCUGCAAGCUAAUGGAGGAGGCGUUCAGUUUCCCUUUUCUGGUGGCCGUUCAUACAGUGAUUAUCAACAGCAGAACACAGAGAUGAAUAACAUGAUGGGUCAAAGUAGUGAAGAUCCGUCUUCCAGCAUCAUGAGUCAGCUUCGUGGGAAAGAUCCGGCUACUCUGACUAGGAUGCUUCAGGAGCUGGUUCCCUACUAUCCAGAUCUUCAGAGAAUCGAUAUUUAUGCACUAGCUCAAGCACUGAGUAAACUCAGCUAAGACUAAAUAGGAAGAAUGAAUGAAGUUUCUGUGUGACAAAACUGACUGCUUAGAUCUGGCUUUGUAUAAAACUUCUCUGUUCCAUGACAAUAUUUGUUCUGUAUCUAAAACCAGCUGUAGAGAUAAGACAUGCUUUAUUUUUUUUCCUUUGAAGCUGCUCAAUGGUAGCAAGAAGAUUCACAUAUGCUAAAAACACAGAGUCCGUGUAAUACUUUCUAUUAGGAUCAAACAAAUUGACAUAAUUCGGUUAUUAUAAAAGAUAUUACACAUUUCAUUAUUGCUCUUGAUUUUGUGUGGUCCAGUGUGUCUGUACAACUUUUUCAUUUUCUAAUAAACCACAAUGUUCUUCGAA